CGCUGCCGCCAUCCCGCUGGUGAGAGGGAGAGAGAGGCCCGCCCGCUCGCCGGUCGGGCCAGUGUGGGGCAGUGCGUGAGGGCGCGGGGGGUUGUGUCAGCGAGACGCAGAGCGCAGCCGCCACCACCAAACGGACAUGUUGGAGCCCAGCGCCGCCACCGCCUCCUUUUCCUCAUCCUGCGAACGGGACUGAGAGGGGGCCCGCCACCCUCCGCCUCUGCCGCCCGCCCCGCCGCCUCGGCCUCUGCCUCUUCCUGCCCGGCCUCUGGCUCCGCCGCUCGUCGCUUCCCCCCGCCCCUCGGGCCUGGCCGGUUCUCCGGCCCCGCUCCGUCGCGGCGCGAGGUCUAUGUGACCGGCGGGCCCGGAGCAGCCGCCGCCGCAGCGCGAACAUGGACGCCGUCAACGCCUUCAACCAGGAGCUCUUUUCACUUAUGGAUAUGAAACCACCCAUCUCUCGAGCCAAGAUGAUUCUUAUCACUAAAGCUGCUAUUAAAGCUAUUAAGCUUUAUAAGCAUGUAGUUCAAAUCGUAGAAAAGUUCAUCAAGAAGUGUAAACCGGAGUACAAGGUUCCGGGAUUAUAUGUAAUCGACUCAAUUGUGCGACAGUCUCGUCAUCAGUUUGGAACUGAUAAAGAUGUUUUUGGGCCAAGAUUCUCUAAAAACAUAACUGCCACAUUCCAAUAUUUAUAUCUUUGUCCAUCUGAAGAUAAGAGUAAAAUAGUUCGUGUGCUGAACCUUUGGCAAAAAAAUGGAGUAUUCAAAAUUGAAAUUAUUCAGCCUCUUUUGGACAUGGCUGCAGGAACCAGUAAUGCUGCCCCAGUAGCAGAAAAUGUUACUAAUAAUGAAGGUUCACCUCCACCUCCGGUUAAAGUUUCUUCUGAACCCCCCCAAGCCACUACAAACUCUGUACCAACUGUACCACAGUUGCCCAGCUCUGAUGCUUUUGCUGCUGUGGCCCAACUGUUUCAGACAACUCAAGGUCAACAGCUUCAGCAGAUCCUUCAGACUUUUCAACAGCCUCCAAAACCACAGUCUCCGGCCAUUGACAAUGCUGUGAUGGCUCAGGUCCAGGCUAUCACAGCUCAGUUAAAGACAGCUCCUGCACAGCCACCGGAACAAAAAGCUGCUUUCCCCCCGCCUGAGCAAAAAACUGCAUUUGACAAGAAGCUACUUGAUAGAUUUGAUUAUGAUGAUGAGCCAGAAGCUGUGGAAGAAUCAAAGAAGGAAGAUGCCGCCGCCGCUGCCGCCGCCGCCACCACACCUGCUGUGGCUGUUGCGCCUCCAGCGCCCUCCGCCGCUGCACCCACCGCCGCACCUGCUGCUUCCCCUCCGCAGGCACCCUUUGGGUUUCCUGGAGAUGGCAUGCAGCAGCCAGCAUAUACACAACAUCAAAAUAUGGAUCAGUUUCAGCCUCGAAUGAUGACAAUACAGCAGGAUCCAGUGCACCAUCAGGUUCCACUUCCUCCUAAUGGACAGAUGCCAGGAUUUGGCCUUCUUCCUACACCUCCAUUUCCUCCCAUGGCUCAGUCUGUGAUUCCUCCAACUCCACCUGUCCAGCAGCCUUUCCAAGCUUCUUUUCAGGCACAGAAUGAACCACUUACACAGAAGGCACAUCAGGAAAUGGAAGUAGAACAACCUUGUAUUCAAGAGGUUAAGCGGCACUUGUCUGAUAACAGAAAGUCAAGAUCUAGGUCAGCAUCCAGGUCACCAAAAAGAAGGCGAUCUCGAUCUGGCUCUAGAUCUCGAAGGUCCCGUCAUCGACGUUCUCGAUCUCGGUCCAGAGAUAGACGCCGACAUUCUCCUAGAUCUCGGUCCCAAGAAAGGCGAGAUCGAGAAAAAGAAAGAGAACGCCGACAAAAAGGCCUUCCUCAAAUCAAACCAGAAACUGCGAGUGUUUGUAGUACUACACUCUGGGUGGGACAGCUGGACAAAAGGACUACUCAACAGGAUGUUGCCAGUCUUUUAGAAGAGUUUGGUCCAAUUGAAUCAAUUAAUAUGAUUCCUCCCAGAGGUUGUGCCUAUAUUGUUAUGGUUCAUAGGCAAGAUGCUUAUCGUGCCCUGCAGAAACUGAGCCGAGGAAACUAUAAAGUGAACCAGAAAUCCAUAAAGAUUGCCUGGGCUUUAAACAAAGGAAUAAAGGCAGAUUAUAAGCAGUAUUGGGAUGUAGAACUGGGUGUUACUUAUAUUCCAUGGGACAAAGUCAAGCCUGAAGAACUGGAGAGUUUUUGUGAAGGAGGAAUGUUGGACAGUGAUACACUUAAUCCAGAUUGGAAGGGAAUUCCCAAGAAGCAUGAAAAUGAGGUUGCUCAAAAUGGAGGGGCCGACACCUCACAUACAGAACCAGUAUCACCCAUACCUAAACCUUUACCAGUGCCUGUCCCUCCUAUUCCUGUCCCUGCACCUAUAACAGUGCCACCUCCACAGGUCCCACCACAUCAGCCAGGUCCUCCUGUAGUUGGUGCUCUCCAGCCACCCACUUUCACGCCUCCCUUGGGCAUUCCCCCUCCAGGUUUUGGUCCUGGUGUUCCUCCUCCACCUCCUCCUCCACCAUUUUUGCGCCCAGGAUUUAACCCGAUGCAUUUACCACCAGGUUUUCUUCCUCCUGGACCCCCACCUCCUAUAACUCCACCAGUAUCCAUUCCUCCUCCUCACACUCCACCAAUAAGCAUCCCAAACUCUACUAUCGCUGGUAUAAAUGAAGACACUACAAAAGACUUAUCUAUUGGAAAUCCCAUUCCAACAGUGGUGUCUGGGGCUAGAGGAAACGCCGAGUCUGGUGACAGUGUGAAAAUGUAUGGCUCUGCUGUGCCACCUGCUGCACCCACGAAUCUGCCCACCCCUCCUGUAACCCAGCCUGUUUCACUUCUUGGUACUCAAGGAGUUGCACCUGGUCCUGUAAUUGGGCUCCAGGCACCAUCCACUGGUCUUCUUGGUGCGAGACCUGGCCUGAUCCCACUUCAGCGCCCUCCGGGAAUGCCUCCGCCUCACUUACAGCGAUUUCCUUUGAUGCCACCUCGUCCCAUGCCACCGCAUAUGAUGCAUAGAGGUCCACCUCCAGGACCAGGGGGCUUUGGAAUGCCUCCACCUCAUGGAAUGAAAGGCCCCUUUCCACCGCAUGGCCCCUUUGUUAGGCCUGGCGGAAUGCCAGGGCUUGGGGGCCCGGGGCCAGGCCCAGGGGGUCCCGAAGACAGAGAUGGAAGGCAGCCGCAGCCGCAGCAGCCGCCCCCACCGCAGCCGCAGCAGCCGCCACCAGCGCAGCAGCCGCCACCAGCGCAGCAGCAAGCACAGCCGUUUAGAAAUGAUAACAGGCAGCAGUUCAAUUCAGGUAGAGACCAAGAGAGGUUUGGAAGAAGAUCUUUUGGAAAUAGGGUGGAAAAUGACCGGGAACGGUAUGGGAACCGUAAUGAUGAUAGAGAUAAUAGUAGUCGUGAAAGGAGAGAGUGGGGAAGAAGGAGCCCUGACCGGGACAGGCACAGAGACUUGGAAGAGAGAAAUAGACGCUCUAGCGGGCAUCGAGACAGAGAGAGAGAUUCUAGAGAUAGAGAGUCUCGUAGAGAUAAGGAAGAGAACCGAGGAAAGGAGAAGCCUGAGGUGACAGACAGGGCAGGUGGUAACAAAACCGCUGAACCUCCCAUUAGCCAAGUGGGAAAUGUAGACACUGUUUCAGAACUUGAUAAGGGGGAGUCUGAGUCUGCAGUUGUAAAAUCUUCUGAAGAGUUACCUGCUGAGGCUACCUCAUCCGUUGAACCCGAAAAGGAUUCUGGCUCAGCAGCAGAGGCUCCUCGUUAGAGACUGGAAUUUGUCAAAAUGUGACAGUGACACUUCUGGAGUGUAGAGCUUGAGGUGUACAGAUGCUGUAUUAUAUUUGCUCCUGCUAUAUCACAGCCCCGCAGUAGUGGGUGGGGAAUUGUAAGCAAUUUGAUUGCUUCCCUUCUAUUUAAAAAUAGCCACAAAAUAACAAAAAUACUGAAAAUAUGAAUAAAUAUUACCCUUUUUGCUGUAACUUUUUAAAAGUUUUGACUUUAAAAAGUUUACAAAUCGUAAUUAGAAGUGCUCUCUAUUUUUUUUUUUUUUAAUUUAAGACAAGGUAACGGUGAAAGCUCCUCAAAACAAUAGGGAUGUUUUUAAUAAACUCUAUUUUCAUAACAAA